AAUUCAAAAAUCGCCUCGGCUCGCUCGCCGACUCGCUGACUCGCUGACUCGCUUCGUCUCCCCCGACGCGGAGCUCCGGAUCGACUCCUGAUGCCGCACUGAGUCAGGUUGGAGCCCCGGCCGCGCCCGACUCAGUCGUUCCUCGCCGCCUAUUGCCGUGCCAUCGCCCUUCUUCGGUUUUAGGGGUAAAAGCAAUGCCGUUGGGUCUCCGCCAUGGACGGGGAGGCUAACCUUCCGGUCCGGCCGAGCAACCCGAUCCGGAGCACCGGCCCGACGUCCUCGUCUUCCUCGUCUUCCUCGUCGGCGUGCUUGUCCGGCUCUUCCCCGCCGGGCUUGCUCCGGCAUGUCCAGGCCGCCUUCAAGCGCCACCGUCCGCUCGGAGCGAUGCAGUCGAAUGAUAUGAGGCCCCGGCGCACACUGGCUCCUUCACGAGAAGCUUCACGUAAUGUGGAUUCAACAGCUGUUCGUACAGUAGAUCCCAAGAGGUCACAAGAUGCAGUUUCAUUUGGCACCAUUGCCAAGUCUUUUAAUGACAGUUUGAACCCAUUUGAUGAACAAAUACAUCAACCGACGUCUCUCAUUGAUUAUAAGGAGAAGGAUCCUAUGCCUCUGACCCAUGUAGAACCUCAAGUAGACCGUUUGAAGAAAGUCCAAUUUUCUGUAGGAGAAAAUGUUGCUUCCCAAGGGGGCGAUGCUAAAGUGGCCGCUGAAUUGGGGAAUUCAUCAUCUCAUAUUAGUCCACUUGCAUCGACAGAAAUGGAGUGGAAUGCAAGCAAUCACUUGGAUGCGUCAACUGUUAUCAAUCAAGAGCUGAAGCAUCAGAAUCAUCAAAACACAGACUCUGGUAGCAAUUUAAGAUCUGAUGUUGGAAUUCCUCCUCCACUAGCAAGGAGAACAGCAGUUGUUCAGGAUCAGUUACACCAUUUCAGAAAUUUUCUAAGUCAACCUACGACUCUAUCUUCAGUUGUUGGUCCAUCUUGUGCCACCACAACUUCAGUAAAUUCAACCUCUGCACCCAUGCUGAGUUCGACAACCUACAGCGCAUGUCGUAAUCUAGAGGAGGAAUCUCAAGUGGCAGUAGAAGCUCCUGGAGACGCUAAUUCCAAUCCUGAAUCCAAAGCUCAGAAGAGUACAUAUCGUUCUUUUGGAAAUACCGGUGGCAUGGUAGGUGACCAGGCACCUAUUACAGCUCAAGCUUCUAGCUCCUGCAUGGACGGCCCCACAGAGGACAGCAAACAUGAUUUGUCCAAAGUGGAACUGGUCGAGGUUGAGAAGGACAGCGGCUUUAGACAUGAUGUUUCCUCUGCUAAGGAUAAGUUAGUCCAAGCAAAGGGAUCUACUAGUGCUGUCAAUAAUAUGCAAUAUGGGGUGCCUUUGUCCAAAGAUUCAUCUCUGGAUGCAAAACAAGAGUCUUCUCAACCGGGAAAACAAGAGAAGGCAAUAAGUGGAAGAGGUGCAUCGGUCCCUCGUAAGCGGAACUAUGAUCCUGACCUCUUCUUCAAAGUUAAUGGCAAGCUGUAUCAGAGGCUGGGAAAAAUAGGUAGCGGAGGAAGCAGUGAGGUCCACAAGGUUAUUUCCUCAGAUUGUACAAUCUACGCACUGAAAAAAAUUAAGCUUAAAGGUAGAGAUUAUGCUACUGCCUAUGGAUUUUGUCAGGAAAUUGAGUAUCUAAACAAAUUGAAAGGAAAGAACAACAUUAUACAGCUGAUAGAUUUUGAGGUGACAGAUAAAACCUUGCUUCGUGAAGUCAUGAGUGGCUCCAUGAACAAUAAAGAUGGGAGAGUCAAGGAUGAUGGCAAUAUAUACAUGGUACUUGAAUAUGGCGAGAUUGAUUUGGCUCACAUGCUGUCCCAAAAGUGGAAGGAAUUGGAUAACUCAGACCAAACCAUAGAUGAGAACUGGCUUCGUUUCUAUUGGCAGCAAAUCCUGCAAGCUGUCAAUACCAUUCAUGAGGAGCGGAUUGUGCAUUCUGACUUGAAGCCAGCUAAUUUCCUUCUCGUGAAAGGUUCAUUGAAGCUAAUUGAUUUUGGUAGCAAAGCGAUAAUGAGUGACACGACGAAUAUCCAACGAGACUCUCAGGUAGGUACACUGAGCUAUAUGUCUCCUGAGGCAUUUAUGUGCAAUGAAAAUGAUGCAAAUGGAAAUGUCAUCAAAUGCGGUCGACCUUCAGAUAUAUGGUCCCUUGGCUGUAUCCUGUAUCAAAUGGUGUAUGGGAGAACCCCUUUCUCAGAGUACAAGACAUUCUGGUCCAAGUUCAAAGUUAUAACUGAUCCAAAUCAUGAAAUUGUGUAUGGACCGGUUAGUAAUCCAUGGCUCCUUGACCUAAUGAAGAAUUGCCUUGCAUGGGACCGGAAUGAGCGGUGGAGGAUUCCACAGCUGCUCAAACAUCCUUUUCUCGUUCCUCCAGUACCACCUCAGAUAUCUUCUCAUCAAAACCACAGCUACAAACUGCUUCAACUUAUUGCUGGAGCUUGUACAGAUGACAAGGAUGCGUCAGCUUUAUGCUCUCAGCUAAGGCAACUGCUUGAGGACCCCAUAGCACUCUUGGAUUCUCAGUCAUCAACGUCUCGGAGCCAACAAUGUAUGUUGCUCUCCCAAAUGUCAAAAAUUUGUUUUCAGCUACAGGAACAUUUAGCUAUAUCCGAAAGAUAGAUGCGGCUGUAACGUAGAGGCAAAGCUGUUACUCAUCCUGUUCCAAAGUUGUGGGUUGCGAGUUCUGUUGAGUGUGAUGAGAAUGCAAUUCCCCACCUAUUUUUUUCCAGUCAAUUUGUAAAUUAUGAGAUUGUUCUUCGUGGCAAUGAUAGCUUUGGCGGCAUUAAAGCUGCUCGUUUCACGGUUUUGAAUUGGGAUUGUCAGAUAGUCUCCUGGCUCUUGAAAGUUGGGCACAUGCUCAUGUGAAUCAGAGGAUUACUUAGCUUUAUUUCAGGUUUGACCAAGCUCAAUUUGCAUUCGUUCAGCAAAUUGCUUCCAUGGUCUAAGAGUUGGAGUUAGGUUGGAGUUGAACAGCAAAUUAUGCGCAACCUCAGUGAUGAUGAGUUCUUUUCCACUGGUUUUUGUCAUCGUCCAGAAAUUAUGUUCAUGGAUUUCAGAGAUUAUGCUUGGCAUGAGAUCUAACAUAUGUAAUAUGUAUAAUAAAGUUUGAAAAGAUUUCGUUCUUGA